AUGACGCACUUAGUCCAUCUUAUAACAAUCCUGCUAAUCUGUAGGACACAAAUGGCAGCCAGCUAUAGUUCCGGUGCUCCAGCCCCAGCGUGUUCUGCACUAGAUCCAUCCCCAGGACAUGGGACUUCUACAGUCAAUGACCCCUCGCCCUAUAAUUUGACAUUCUCGGCAGCUUCUUACAGACCCGGUGAAGUCAUCGAAGUGACACUGGACGGAGCCCCGUUUGAGGGCUUCCUAAUUUUGGCUAGACCCACCCUGGGAUCUUCAGGUCCUGUUGGUAAUUUCAGUGCUGGCAAUAACAGUAAAGUGGCAUGCUCUGUGACCCACAACAGCAAAACUGUGAAAUCCUCUAUCAGCUUCAACUGGACAGCUCCGUCUGUAGCAGUGGGUAGUGUGGAGUUUCA